GUCCAAUAAUUCAGUUCCAAGAAUCCAUCCCAACGCGAAGUUCCCUGAAAGAAAGGCGGAGAAAAGUCAGCGCGAACCUAUCGAUCCCUCCAUCCCCAUGGAAAUGUGAAGUUUACCCCCGACGUCCAACUGUCAACUUUCACAGUCUGACAGACGGUGAGAGAUGGAGUGCAGCUGAUCGUGGAUUUUCCGAACCAGAAUGGAAUCGGAAAAUGAAAGCAGCAAAGACGUGACAGUUCGAGAUUUACAAGCCUCACUCUUCCCGCCGACUCCCAAAACUGCCACCAGCUUCUUCUCUAACUUUUACCUCAAGACGAACUUCGACGACGACCUUACCGAUGACGGCAUCAAAAAGGAAGCCCCCCAGAGGGAGCUGUUCUCUUUGAGCCGGGAGAGCAACUUUGUGCCUCAGCCGCCGCGAUGGCCCACAGAGUGCCAAGUUCUGGAGGACAAAAUCACACAUAUCUCUUACUUGCCGCCGACUCCGGAGCCCUACUAUGUUCCCACGGGCAAAGAGCCUCAGCCCAAACCCACGGGGGACGAGUGCGGGAUCAUUGUGUACCAGUACACCCCGAUUAGCGCCGUUAACUAUUUUAGCAGGUCUAGUGUUGGAGGUAGCAGGUACCUUCUCCCGGCUUGUCUGUGUCCGGAAGAAGACAGCCUUCGGUUUGAGUCGAGGUUCGAAAGCGGUAAUUUGGCUAGGGCUAUCCGCAUCACCCCCAACUUCUACGAAUUGUACCUGCGUGCUGACAUGUACACCAACCGGCACAUGCAAUGGUUCUACUUCCGGAUCACCAACAUGCGGAAGAACUUCCUAUACAGGUUUUCAAUCGUGAAUUUCUCCAAAGAGGAUAGUUUGUACAACGAAGGGAUGCGGCCUCUGAUGUAUUCCACGAAAGACUCUCAGCUCCACUCGAUCGGUUGGAGGAGGUGCGGGGACAACGUCACCUACUACAGUAACGACAACGUGACCCCCGAGGAACCCGAAUCUCAAAUGACGUACACUUUGUCGUUCACGAUGGAGUUUCCGCACGAGGACGACAUCGUCUACUUGGCUCAUUGCUACCCCUACACCUACUCCGACUUGGAGGACUACUUAACCGAACUGUCCAACCAUCCUAUCAAAUCCUCCUACACCACCAUCCGUCUCCUCUGCAAAAGUCUGGCCGGUAAUAACGUCCAUUACAUCACUAUAACAUCGCCACCAAUUCCCAACGAGUCUAGAAAUAAACGAUCCGUUGUUCUCACCGCACGCGUCCACCCCGGCGAAACCCCGUCCUCGUGGAUGAUGAAAGGCUUUUUGGAUUACUUAACCAGCGAUUGUGCUGUGGCCAAAGAAUUGCGUGACAAGUUCAUUUUUAAAAUAGUUCCUAUGUUGAACCCCGAUGGAGUGAUAGUCGGAAAUAACCGAUGUUCCCUGUCGGCGAAAGACUUGAAUAGGCAGUACCGCACGGUCAUGAGGGACGCGUACCCGUCCAUUUGGUACACGAAGUUGAUGGUACGGAGGCUGUUGGAGGAGUGCGGAGUAGCGAUGUACUGCGACCUCCACGCCCACUCCAGGAAGCACAACAUCUUCAUCUACGGUUGCGAGAAUCGACGAGGUGCGGAACGAAAGUUGCAAGAGCAGGUUUUUCCCCUCAUGCUGCACAAAAACACUGCCGAUAAAUUUUCCUUCGAAAGUUGCAAAUUCAGGAUACAGAAGGCAAAGGAGGGAACUGGGAGAGUGGUCAUGUGGAUGAUGGGGAUUGCCAAUAGUUACACCAUGGAGUCGUCGUUCGCUGGGUCCACUCUAGGUACUCGAGCUGAAAGUCACUUCACCACGCAAGACUACGAACAAAUGGCCAAGUCUUUCUGUCAAACGUUGCUCGACUUCUAUGACGAUGACCCGAGAAAGGAGAAGUUAAGAACUAAGAUUAUUAAUAGAUUAAUGAAAGAAGGGUCGAACGCGGAUGAGCCUACGAACAUCCAGUUGAGUGACUACUCGAGUGACGAAGGAGACACUUCCAGUAGUAGUUCAAACGAAGUUGGCCGCACCGACGACGAAUUGUUCGUACCAGCAGUACCACCACCAUCUCCCAUCAUCUACAAGAAAUUCAAGCCCAAAGUGCACCGCGCCAAGAUGAAGAUCCUAAACACGAGUCCCAACGCUGCCAGAAAACCUCUGCCAAUAUGUAAAACUACUCUAGGGCUUUAUCUGUCUAAAAAAGAAGCUAAAUACUCGUCCGACAGCAGUACUUCCGACGACGAAGAACACUUCAAAAUAGAAAAAACAAAGUCGAAGCCCGUUCGUCGAAAACCGAAGAAGAAGAAAGGGACUGUUAAAAAGAAACCACCUUGUGCCUUGUCCGACUGCGAAAUCCAAUACAAAACAAACACAGUGCGAAGCAGUAUUUCUGUUUUUGAUUUGGUUCCAAGUGAGAAGAUUCGUAGCCAAAACGCAACGAAGCGAUCGAAAACGCCACAACCAAGAGUCGAAAAGAAGAACACGAUCACGCAACAACUGUCAGAAGUCCAAGCCAAACUGAUUAGUUUGAAAAACAAACUGUGGUAUGGACUUGGAGGUGGCGAAAACGAACCGUUGUCGUGGGGUAGAAGCCAAUUCAACUUCCCCGGUACCAGCCCCCCUCCUGUCAAAGUCUGUCACAAAAAGCACCGCAAAAAGACCGGUUGCAAGCCUGACAAACAGCCCGACAGGAAAAAAGACACUUCGAAACCAAAAGCGGAACUGAAGAAAACUGCGAAUGGAUUGAGGCGACAGACGGCUGUAGAAUGGGGGCGCUGCUGUGAGCAGAUUCAAAAAUCGAAGAGUUUCCCCGACAAUGCGUUGUCUAGGAUAGUCGACAUCAAAACCAAGCUAAGUUUGUACAGUUGCGACGAGGAGGACAAAACGGAAGUUAAGAAAAAGAAGAAGAAAAAGACUAAGUUUGGGAAGAAGGCCAAAACUGUUUCGCAUGCGAAGAUUUUUUUCACUAAAGACUGACAGUGCUUAUGCAAAACACAAUCAACUUGUACUGCCGUAGUUGUGAUAAUAAGUUAGUGGCUGAAGCGUUUUAGUUAUUUGUAGACAUGCCGUCAUUCAUUCGACUUUUAAUAAAUUUUUACGAAAACAAA